AUGGUUUCCCCUGUCUCUACCAGGGCUUCGGCACCAAAUACGCCCCUUGAGAGAUUGCAAGAUGUCGAUCCACUGGAGCAAAGAAAGGACCUUCAAGGUCCUCUGCUGGGAGAAAGAGCAGAAGCGGACGGCGGUCCAGUCGCAGCCGACAUGAAACUGUCAUUCCUCCUGGAUUCUGCUAUCUAUCAUCCUUUGAGCCAGGUUGAUGUGCCACCACAAUUCCGCAAGCCCUUCAUGCCACCGCCGCAACCUGGAACAACGACAGCACAGGCACUCAACCAACUCAAUUUGUUGAUAGGCAACUGUGACUUCGUCGGUGCAGCACAUUAUGCGGCUGUCUGCUUAUCGUCAGGGGUUGUCAGCGCCACUGACCAUCCAGUCAUAUUUCGAUUGCUUUCAGCUAGAUUUUCGUGUCUCGAGCUCAUCGGCCAAGUGUUGCUCGCAGCACAAGAAGCAAAGGCCCUCGAGGACUUGUCCUCUGACUUCUAUUAUGUGAUACCAGAAGUGUCAGAAGCAGAAAUCGAAACACAUGAUGGUCGUCGUCCGCUGGCGAAGCACAUCAUGCCUUUUGAUCUUAGAGUCCAAGCUACAAGACUGCAAAGCGUCGGAUUCUCUGAUCUGAGAAGAGGCAUCACAGCGCUAUAUGAGCUUGGUCUAGAAAUACGCGAACACAUUGCGUCUCCUUACACUUCGGAUUCGGAGCGGAGAACAUGGAGUGAGAGGCUAGCUUCGUUGAACAUGCACGUUGUCAAUUCUCUGAUUGAGCUAGGCGAUAUUGAAUGUGCUCAGCGGACGUUAAGUCAUUCGAAACCAGCAGAUGCUGUGGCUCAGACAUAUUGGGCACAGCAGAUGGUACUAAUGCUUAUAAGGCUAGGGCAGCUGAAGAAGGCUGAAAGAUACAUUGAUGAAUUAGAGGCCGACGAGGAUAUCAAGCAACUACUCGUUUCUCUCGUGUCUAUUGCCGAUGGUCGCUUGGACGACGCUGCGAAGCGUCUCGAGAACAUUGCACAACAGAACCCAAAGUCCAGCAUGCAGGCACUUGCCAAGCAGAAUCUUUCGGUUGUAUAUCUCUAUCUGGGCCGCAUAGAUGCUGCCAGCAAAUUGCUCGACGAUCUCAUCAACGAUGGAUACUCGUCUGUGUCUGUUACCAUGAACCUAGCAACAAUCUUCGAUCUCAAAUCCGACAGAUCAAGAGACUUGAAGGUCUCACUAGUCAACACCAUAGCCUCUUCGGAUUCACGAAAGAGAGCCUUCACAAAUGCAGAUUUCAAACUUUGA